AAAGCUUCUCCUUUCACUAAAGCCCUAAUCAUAAACCUCAACUCAGACGGCAGACUCCGGAGCACGCGGCAAAACGAAACCCCAUUCAAUUAACGCGAUUCUAAUACACGCGCCACCGCAGCAGCGGCAGCAGUACAGUAGAAGUGUAUCUGUUAUCUUAAUUGAUUAAUAAUGGCGGAAGAGAUUGAGGAAGUAAAGAGCUUUAAAGAAUUAGGAUUGCGCGAUGAACUGGUGGAAGCGUGCGAUAAUUUAGGGUGGAAAAGCCCUUCUAAGAUUCAAGCUGAAGCUAUACCUCAUGCUCUUGAAGGUAAAGAUUUGAUUGGGCUUGCGCAAACCGGUUCUGGUAAAACUGGAGCGUUUGCGCUUCCCAUAUUACAAGCACUUCUAGAUAUUGCCGAGACCCAGCGCACAGUUCCUGCUUUUUUCGCUUGUGUGCUCUCUCCAACGAGGGAACUUGCAAUUCAGAUAGCUGAGCAGUUUGAAGCUUUAGGAUCUGGAAUUAGCCUUAGAUGUGCAGUGCUUGUUGGAGGGGUGGACAUGAUGCAACAGACCCUUGCCCUCGGAAAGCGGCCACAUAUUGUUGUUGCUACACCUGGACGCCUUAUGGAUCAUCUAACAAACACCAAAGGUUUUUCGCUGGCCACAUUGAAAUAUUUGGUCCUAGAUGAGGCAGACAGGCUGCUAAAUGAAGAAUUUGAAAAAUCACUUGAUGAAAUUUUGAAUGUUAUUCCUCACUCACGGAGAACAUAUUUAUUUUCUGCCACGAUGACCAAGAAGGUGAGAAAGCUCCAGAGAGCUUGUUUGAAGAAUCCUGUAAAGAUUGAAGCAGCAUCUAAAUAUUCCACUGUUGACACACUGAAGCAGCAGUACCGCUUUAUUCCUGCUAAGUACAAGGAAUGCUAUCUUGUAUAUAUCCUGACUGAGAUGCCAGGAUCUUCAACGAUGGUUUUUACUCGAACAUGUGAUGCAACUCGCUUUUUAGCUUUGAUGCUUAGAAAUCUUGGUCAAAGAGCCAUCCCAAUUAGUGGUCAGAUGAGCCAGUCAAAGAGACUUGGUGCCUUGAAUAAGUUUAAGGCUGGAGAGUGCAAUAUUCUUCUUUGUACUGAUGUGGCAAGUAGAGGGCUUGAUAUUCCAUCUGUCGACAUGGUUAUCAAUUAUGAUAUACCAACAAACUCUAAGGAUUACAUCCAUAGAGUGGGAAGAACUGCUCGUGCAGGACGAUCUGGUGUUGCAAUCUCACUAGUGAAUCAGUACGAAUUGGAAUGGUAUAUGCAGAUAGAGAAGCUUAUUGGCAAAAAGUUGCCUGAGUUUCCUGCUGAAGAAGAGGAAGUCCUGCUAUUGUUGGAGCGUGUCAUGGAAGCCAAAAGAUUAACCAUCAUGAAAAUCAAAGAAUCUGGAGGCAAGAAGAGAGGAAGGGGUGGAGGAGAUGAUGACGACGAUGUUGAAAGAACUCUAGGAAUCAACAAGAAACUGUCUAGGAAUAAGAGGAGAUAAGAAUUAGUGUCCCUUUGCAUGUGUAUCUCUAUCUCAUGAGAAUGUGAUUCAAAUUUUGUA